CCAAGUAAUCAUCUCUUGAGGUUUCUCAUCCCUCAAAUUCAAUGAGGUACUACUUCAUAAUUUGCCAUAAUAAUAAUAAUAAUAAAAAUAAAAGCUUCGCACGGAAUCUGCCAUGGAGAGUCCUUCGCCUUCCUCUUCGUGUUCACUUUUCAAAACUUCUCACCGCUUCGCUAUUCCAACCAAUUCUUCAACCCUUUACACUACACACUUCUCUUCUUUACCCACAAACCCUCUAACUUUGCUUCCUCCAUUUCGCUUUACUUUUCCGGGAAAAUCACACUUUCCUGGAAAAUGUUUGGACCUCAAUUAUUUCACGGCUUUCUCCUCACUUCCCCGCCAGGACUACCUCAACGACGACCAGAACCCGUCUCAGGAAUUUGCUGUUCUUCUCGAGUUUGAAGGGGUCCUUGUGGAUGCACAUCGUGUGGGAAAUCGCCAAGCCUUUAACACAGCAUUUCGGAAGCUUGGGUUGGACUGUGCAAAUUGGAGCGAGCCUGUCUAUUUAGACCUUUUAAGGAAGAGCGUUGGUGAUGAGGAAAAGAUGUUGAUUUUGUUUUUCAAUCGGAUUGGUUGGCCUACAUCAUUGCCCACAAGUGAAAAGGGGUCAUUUAUCAAAAGUGUUCUGCGAGAAAAGGGUAAUGCAUUGAAUGAAUUUUUGGUGUCAAACAGUUUACCUUUAAGGCCUGGAGUAGAAGAUUUUAUUGACAAUGCAUAUAAUGAAGGCGUACCCGUGGUCAUACUAACCGCUUACUGUAAAAAUGCUGAUGACGUUGCUAGAUCUAUUACUGAAAAGCUUGGCAACGAAAGAGUUUCGAAGAUAAAGAUUAUUGGCAAUGAGGAGGUAGAACAAAGCAUGUAUGGUCGACUUGUACAUCAUAAACAAUUUUCUUCUGGUUUAGAUGAGGAAAUAGCCAAGGAGGCCAAGAAAGCAGUUUCUGCGGAGAAACAAAGGAUAGCAGAGAAGGUUGCAUCCACACUAAAAGUUAGUGUUGAGAUUGAUACCAGUCCCUCUGAAAGCUUAGAGAAGAUCAUAGCUGCACUGCGUGCAGGGGCAGAGAGUGCCGGUGUACCUGUUUACAAUUGUAUCCUCGUGGCAGGAAGUCAAUCUGGAGUAGCUGCAGCUGAGCGAGUAGGCAUGCCAUGCUUUGUGCUUCGGAGCAGUUUGACGUCUAGAGCUGAGUUUCCUUCGGCGAAAGCUGUAAUGGAUGGCUUUGGAGGUGCAGAUCUAACGAUCUCCAAGUUACGCCAAAGGACACAAGGUUGACUUCUUUUUUUUUAAGGGUGAACAUAAUCCUGUUGGAAGGACUGCAAUAAUAAACGCUGACUUGUCACGAUAACACUUCAUUGGAGAUGACUGUGAUGACUUCAGCUCUUCAAGCAAUAUUUUUAUCUAUAUAAUUUCACAAAUGCUGUGAGCAAGAUGUAAGAUAUUAGAUUUAAAAAAUUCAUAAAAUUCAUAUGAUCUUAAACUUAUGUCAAAUUAUUAAGAUUAUUUUAUGAAAUAAUAAGAUGGAAGACAUUUGAUUUUAUUA